AUGACGCUGCCCCUGGUGAAUAGUCGAGGCAAGAAAAAAGGUCGAAGGUUUGGUUAUUUAGCGUCCAAAUUGUUCCAGUUCUACCCUACUGUUCAAGUCCAAAAACGACGGGCGUCGUACAGUGUGCAACAGGCCGACAAUUUCCAGCAGAAAGUUCCAUUUCCAGAAUUAGCCGAGUAUUAUCAGUGUCACCAUUGUCGACAGCUUCAAUCUGGUUCUUCUUUCAACUCAUCGUCAACGUCUUUAUCACCAUCAUCAUCAUCAACGUCUUCGUCUUCGUCGGCACCAACGUGGAACAGGAUGCGAGUAUUACGUCUGCUAGGACAGUGUGUGUUAUUGGUGCUAUUUGCCACGUGUACCGGGAUAAUCUUUAAUAAGACACUAGACAGUGACUAUGAUUCUAUCGAAAAUGUGAACCAGUUUGUAGAUUCCGAAGUCUUAACGGAUAUGACUAUCCAAACACUGUCCAUGAACGACUUCCACAACUCUAUCCGCCGUCUUAACAAAUCUUAUGAUAUAAUCCGAAUAUUCUUACAAGAGAAAGACAUUUCGGAUGAUCAGAUUCACGAACUGCUGGCGGCGAGAACUAUGGAGAAUUUGUUAACGGGAAAAAGCGAGAAGAAGCGAGAGAACAGCGAUGAUUAUGAUUUCGAGUUUGACUAUGAAGAUGAGAAAAUGGCGAUUGCUGGAACCAAUAUGUUUGAAGAAGAAUUAAGUGAAGCCUACCACCACAUGGAAGAGAUGGAAACGAGUCCAAUGAGCCAGUGUAAAUAUCCACAACCGGAAAUAGUUCACGUGGAGGCUGAAAACCAUUUCAACCGGAUGUUGUACCCAGAGUGCACUAUUUUAUAUCGGUGUAGGAAUACAAGUGGGUGCUGCGGCAAUAAAAGUCAGGAGUGUGGACCAAAAUAUUUACAAGUUGUGAAAAAAACAUUUUUAGUGUUAUCGGUGAGCGAGAAAGGCGGGACAGUCCGACCUCACGAGACUCUGCUCGAAACACGAACCUUUAUCAAUCAUACUGAAUGUGGCUGCAAGGAACGAAAAGGCCUCCCAGGGUGUCAUCAAGAAUGUCCGUUCCCCUUCGUGAAGUUCCGACCAGAACUGCGGUGUAUCUGUGAUUGUUUGGAAGGAGAAAACGAAGAGAAUAUAAUCUGUAGAACAAUUAAAGAUGGACUUUAUCCACUGACAGAGAAAGAUCUAGAAUGCAUCAAAUCAGGAAAGUGUAUGACCCCUGAGUGUACGGUGAAAGAAUCGCCGUUUCAAAUUAGAACGGGAUUCUGUCCUGAAAUAUCAGUGGAUGAGCUAGGACGUAAAGGCUACAUCAAUGCAGAAAAACAAAAUAAACCCAAGAAUAAAAAGAAAAACAGACAUGAAAAGAAAAAGAGGAGGAAAUAUAGAAGACAUUGA